GGAGACGACAGACAGACAGGCGGGCGAAAGAACGAACGAACGAGCGAGCGACGGCGGCCGUCGUCGUCUUGCGGAAAAUGGCGGCUGGGAACCGGGGCAGCUGUCGGUUGCGGCCGUUUCUAUGGCGAUGAGGCGGGUCGAGCCGCCUCGGCGCCCAGUGAGCUAAAAUGACACAGGGAAAGAAAAAGAAGCGGCUGAACCGCAGCGUCCUGCUGGCCAAGAAAAUCAUCAUCAAGGACGGGGGCACGCCGCAAGGGAUAGGCGAGCCUAGUGUCUACCAUGCGGUGAUUGUAAUCUUUUUGGAGUUCUUUGCGUGGGGAUUGUUGACAACUCCUAUGUUAACUGUUUUGCAUCAGACAUUUCCUCAGCAUACAUUUCUAAUGAAUGGACUUAUUCAUGGGGUGAAGGGAAUAUUAUCAUUUCUCAGCGCUCCUCUCAUUGGAGCAUUGUCGGAUGUUUGGGGCCGGAAAUCCUUUCUUCUCUUAACUGUGUUCUUCACCUGUGCCCCAAUUCCUCUCAUGCGAAUAAGCCCCUGGUGGUACUUUGCAGUGAUAUCCAUGUCUGGAGUAUUUGCAGUCACGUUUUCAGUGAUAUUUGCCUACGUAGCCGAUAUAACUCAGGAGCAUGAGAGGAGCACAGCAUAUGGACUUGUAUCUGCAACAUUUGCAGCUAGUCUUGUGACCAGCCCAGCUAUUGGAGCUUACCUGUCCAGGGCAUAUGGCGAUAACUUGGUGAUAGUUCUUGCCACUGCCAUUGCCCUGCUGGACAUCUGCUUCAUUCUCGUGGCUGUGCCAGAAUCGUUACCAGAGAAGAUGAGACCUGCUUCUUGGGGUGCGCCAAUUUCAUGGGAACAAGCAGACCCUUUUGCAUCUCUGAAGAAAGUGGGUCAGGAUUCAACAGUUUUGUUGAUCUGUAUUACUGUAUUUCUAUCGUAUCUGCCUGAAGCAGGCCAGUAUUCCAGUUUCUUUCUUUAUCUCAGACAGGUAAUAGGAUUUUCUUCCGAAACUGUAGCUGCUUUUAUUGCAGUUGUGGGAAUCCUUUCCAUUUUAGCUCAAACUGUGGUGCUUGGCGUCCUGAUGAGGUCAAUUGGUCAUAAGAACACUAUUCUCCUGGGACUUGGCUUCCAAAUUCUUCAGCUGGCUUGGUAUGGUUUUGGGUCCCAGCCCUGGAUGAUGUGGGCAGCAGGGGCCGUGGCUGCCAUGUCCAGCAUCACCUUCCCAGCUGUCAGUGCCCUUGUUUCUCGGAACGCUGACCCAGAUCAGCAAGGAGUUGUACAAGGAAUGAUUACGGGGAUCCGUGGGCUCUGCAAUGGUCUUGGUCCAGCACUGUACGGAUUUGUAUUCUACCUUUUCCACGUGGAACUGAAUGAUAUGGGAGAUGUUGAUAAUCCUGGUAAAGUUCCAAAAGGAAACAUGCAGAAUCCCACUGAUGAGAGCACCAUAAUCCCAGGACCUCCUUUUCUCUUUGGAGCAUGUUCAGUAUUGCUUUCUCUGCUGGUUGCCUUGUUCAUCCCCGAACAUAGUGGCCCCCCUCUGCGUUCCGGCAGCUGGAAGAAACACAGUAAUGGGUCCCAGGGUCACCCCCACAGCCCACAGAGCACAAGCCCCGAUGGAAAAGAGCCUUUAUUACAAGACAGUUGUGUAUAAUGGCAAAGAGCUGGCCAGCUAGCACAGCUCAAGAUGGACGGGACGUGGAGAUCAGAUGUGGCUGCCCACCCAAGGUUUUCGUUUCGGACACCCUAAUACUUCCUGCGAUUUUUUCCAAUUGAAAGUUCUGUCUUUUAAUUCAAUGUUUCUUUAAAAAAACAAAAAAACAAUUCUUUUCAUAACACCUUCUGGUUCUCCACCUGUUUAGCUCUUUAGAGUAUGGAAUCUCUUGGGUUGUUUACAUCAGUUGGUAUGAUCUCCAAAUCACUUGGGUACAGGAUUUAGCUCCCACCCUAUGUUGGUGCCUUGUGCAAGACACCAGAAGUCUGUUACAGUAGCCUGGAAAAUUGCUAUGUUACUCUCCUCAAUGUUUCUUUUUAAUUAGUGCUGUUGUUGGGGCUUCCUGAAAACACCAUUAUCUUGUAGGUGGCUGCAAGCUGGUUGUAAUGCCACAGGAAUUUACAGAGAUCAGCGACAGGAUCAAUUUAAAAUUUAGUCUUCUAACUGGACAAGAUUAGGCAAGUCAUUGUGAUUCUCAAUUCAUGUUUUAGAUGACUACUAUAUCUGUAGCAAUAUGUUGCAGGUUUGGAGCAAUGUAAAGGCAACCAAAUGGGGUGGUGGGGGAAGGGGGAGGGGGAGAGGUUUGGGAUGGGAAUCGUGUGCUUUCGAUGUGUUUGCUGAUAUUUGGCUUUAUGGUCUAGUGCUUACAUUGUUUUAAAGCAACAAACCUGCAUGUGAACCAUUGUAAGUUACAAGGAACUGCAGAUGCUGGUUUACAAAAAAAAAGAUACAAAGUGCCAGAGUAACUCAGCGAUCAGGCUUAGUUACACCAACGCUUUGGACCUUUUUACGUGAACCAUUGUCUCUUGUCACUGCCUCUUAUUUGGAUGGUACAAUGGACUCCUGUGUUCAUCUCCUCCUCCUCCGCCACUUCUUUUGUUAUUGGUACUCAUUCAAUUUGAAUUAAUGUGGGAACUGAGACCCAUAACUUGACACACUUUCCAACCUAGUUGCUAAAGCACAAGACCAUAAAGCUAAGUGUCAGCAUGCACGUAUACAACACACCAUUCCUGCCCAAAAACCUCUACCAUCAUUCCAGGCCUGGUCUCUUCUUCCCGCGUAUGGCGUGCACAGCCUAAAGUUGUAGGACAACUUGUUCUAUUUGAUUUUAUUUGACUGUGCACACCAGGUUGAUUGCAUUCGUCGAAACAGGGCGGACCACGUGAUGGUUGCAAUCUCCCACCCGCCAGGCCUGGUGAGUUUUCUCUUGUGGUUAUCUCCUGUUCCCAAUCACAGAGUUGAGAACUGGAGAGGAUGAGAUAGAAGGCAGGUGAAGCUGCUGACCACUAUCUGCCUAUUUGAUAGGUAUUUGCAGAAAUGGAAAUUAGUCUAGUACCUGACAAUAAACCUGUUCAAUUUCUGAAAGGCAAGUACAGGAGACUGCAAUGAAUGUCAGUAUGAGUAGAUCCUGAACUGGGUGAUUUGUUGACUCAGGCACACCAGUUCACCAUUUUUACAUGACCACCCUUGGGCAUUAAAGUGGCUGACAGACCAUGGAUGGAACAAUAUUUCAUGGUUCUAGUUUCUCCCAGUCCUGUGCUCACUCACUCUACCCUGAAUUCCUUCACAGCCCAUCACAUUUGUAGGACAUAGGUGAGGCAGGAGCAUCAUCCCAGUGGGCAGCCUUUCGAGGAAGAUUUGUAAUUGGUUAACCAUGUGCUGUCCCUAAUUGUAUUCUAAGAACAAUCCAUCAUGAUACUUGCUUAAUUCUAAUAGGAUUUAGAUUUUUACAGCCAAGAUAUAUCGGCCUGAGGACAAAAGUUGGAUGACAGUUUUAUGAGACACCAGAUGGCUUUUUCGUGUGAGCCAUCUUUGGCAUACUCCUGUGAACUGUGCUGUACAAGUCUCUGGUAGUGUUUCACACUGUCGGGUUAAUCAUCAAAGUUGUUCAUAUUAGAGUUUGGGUGGAGAGGAAAAUCCAGCCUGAGUCUCUUUCUAGUUACCAACAUAACCCUGCUGCAAGGUAGCUGUUGGGUAAGGACAUACACUCACCUCUUUUUUUUAUGUUCCCUUGUUCAAAUAUUUUGCCUCUCGUUCAAGAAGGAACAGCAGAUGCUGGACAAUCGAAGGCAGGCAGAAUUGCUGGAGAAACUCAGCGGGUGCGGCCCGAAACGUUGCCUAUUUCCUUCGCUCCAUAGAUGCUGCCGCACCCGCUGAGUUUCUCCAGCAAUUUUGUCUCUCGUGAUGAACAUUGCCAUUUUAGUGAGCUGUGAGCACGUGUGCAUGGCUUAUAAAAUAUAAGCUGCUCAGUGAUCCACUGGUCAACCAGAUUACUGGCAAUUCAGAAUUACCAGGGAUGCCAUGUGCAUUUGUGAACGAACCUGUAAAUGAAACAAGAUGCCGGGUAUUUCCAGCAUGGCAACGGAAUUGGGCCGAUUCGGUAAUCAUUGAGGCUUCCUUUUUGGAAAUGCUCUAACCCAUUCCAGAAUAGCCAUCUCCCACUUCCAAUUCAAUGCUCUUUGCCAUGUGCCACCACCAUCUCCAGCAUCUGGUUCUUCUAUUAAUGUGCCAUUAUUUAAUUAACUUUUUUUUUUUACGGCAACUAUACUUGUUUUUUUCACUUUGUGCUUUUUUAAAGUGAAUUGGAGAGAAGAAAGAGAUGGGGAGGUUGAGGGUGCCUUUGUGUAAACUAGCGAUGUAUGUAUUUUCUCUGAAGGGCUAGUUGGUGUAUGUCUAUGGGAAAUGGGGAGAAAUCACUGACUCGGCGAUAUAGUUGGUCAACAUUUAUGUGUUCUCUCCUUGUUGACAUACUGUAACCUCUCAGUGGAAGCACACAUGGAUGAUGAAAUGCACCACUGCCUUCAAUGAGUCAGCAAAGUCUGGCUGUAUAAAAAAAAAAAAAAAGCUAUUUGAUGUUAUCAGUAAUGUAAUGUUAUUAGUAGGAUAUGGGAAUUUGUGAGGAGUCCCUAUCAAACUGAAUAAUGUGCUGUCAUGAAGUAUCUUUUGGCAGCACUAUUGUUUGCGCACCCCCAUAAUGUUCUAGUCCUCACUGGUUUUAAAUGAAGUCUUAUGUGCAAUAUUCUGUUGACUCGAUCAUAAUACCAGACCCUUGAUGACUAAACAGGUUUCAGCUAAUUUUCAGAUGACAUAAGCCCAUCCCAUACCCAUACGAGAAGCUUAAAAACUAUCCCCUGUUGAAUAUCCACAAGCUGGAAGUUGUUUUUUUUUAAUGGUGCAUGUGGCAAGAGAAAGAAGCAAUGAAAGAACAUCCAACGAAGGUCCAAAGUUGCCUGCCACCAAGUUCCAGAGCACCAUGAUGUAACAUUGACACAUUCAACAAAAAAGCCACUUUAAAUUGACAAAUUAUGACUUUUGAUUAGUAUCCAAUUGCCCAUAUGAUGAGUAAAAUCUGAUGGGAUAAUAAGCUAUGGUGAUGCUCCAAUGUGGACAUUUAGGUUAUUAUAGUAUAAUUGUACUUGUAACAGAGUAUACAAAUUCAACAGAUGGUGUAACAUUUACUGUAAAUAUUUGUGAAAUUAUAGAAUUAUAUAUUAUAUCUACAUAUGCCAAACAAUAUUUUAGAUUACCUUCUCUAGAUUUUUCUUGAGCACUGGUCAAGUUAGCCUUAAUGUGUGUACUAUUUUAGAUUUAGUCUGGGGUGGGCUUUUGUUUUCUCCUUUUGGUUAAUCUGAAUAAUUUUCUAAUUUGUCUAAAUGUUUCCAGCUGGCCUUUAUAUCCUGCCCGGUAACAGUUUGGGCAGUGGCCAAGUGAGUGUGGUUGGUCUUUACAUUAGAAGCAGAUAAUUCCCUAGUGUAGCAUUAUGAGGAAGAUCAUUGUGGGAAUGGUAGUAGAUCAGCAUUAUUGUGGUAUCUUUUUUAAUUGAUGAAACAAAGGUGAUCAUGGAGGCCAGAAAAUGUCAGCACCAAUACUUGGUCUACAGUCAACUUAGGCGGAUAGGCCUGAAGUUAAUAAACUACAGGGUGAACAUGGAUGUAGACAAUCAUCUGUUGCUCAGACCCCCUAACUCCUGUUGGAUGGCAUUGUGUUGCCUAUUGAAUGAGGACAUGGUCAUUCUGGUUCGACACCUACUGACCUGCGUUGUCUUUUAUGUGAUUAAUUACUGUAACAGAAGGCGUGUGGGACUGUAAGAGGACGUUCCUUUGGAUCCUCUGUGGAUUCAAGGUUUGGUGUAAAGUUUUAAUGCAGCUCUGCCAAAUGUUUGUUUUGUAGCCCCAUUGCUCUUAGUUUGUAAGUAUGGUUCCCACUCGCAUUGACAGCAUAGUUGAAUUUCAUUGUGGAAGCUGGUGCCUAAUGGUUAAUAAGGAAUUUGAACCCUUGGUUAGAAUAUAUUUCAUGUGGAAGUGGGAUGCAAGAGUCCACUUCAGCUUCAGUCCACUUAACCUGUAACUCGGCUAAGCUGGGCGCUGUCUCUUAAUAACAUGUUGACAUGCAGUGAGUUGUAGCAUAUAGAAUGUUGAGCAAACUAUUCCAUCUAAAUGUCACCUGCCUGCACGCGGUCUACUUCAGAAGUCUAUUUCAAAAAUAACUUCAAAAGUCUACAAAUUAGAGGAACAAAACUAAAGACUGAGAAUACAGUGGGUUAGUGCGUACCCAUAUCAAGAGACCAUCAAACUACUGCGCAGAAGUAAUACCAAGUGAUCCCAUCAAAGGAAUUCCCCAACCCCAUCAGCUGAGAGAGCAAGGUUCAUACAUGGACUUUGCAUGUUGUGUGACUAGUGCUCGGUGAUCACCACUUUUUAUCCAUCCCAACUACCUCUAGAGUUUUUUUAUAAUUGUUAUAUAAAAGCUAGUUAUAAUUGUUAUAUAAAAGCUAGUUUUAGGUUUGCUUGAAGCUUCUGGAGAGGUUAAUCUUGUUUUCAAGGAAGAAUAUCUAUUGGAUUACUUAAUCCUCACUCUUGAUUGUUCAUGUUUCAGUUUUUGCCCAUCUGAAGAUGUAGAGGAAGCAUUUAAGCUGAGUCGCUAAGUAGAAUAAUUUAAUCAUGCAUUUAUUAGAAAUAUUUCUUGUUUAAAGCUUUGCUGAUUUAAAAGUUUUAACGAGCAUAAUUGUUGGUGCAAUCACAGUGAAUGUCAUGUUUUAAGCCCUUUGGCUGUUGCGUUCAUGCGUUGAGCUAUUGUCCUGCUCUUAUGGCUUGGUAUCACUGAGCAUAUAAAUAGUGACCAAUGCCUUCUGGGUGAACCCGCACCGCUAGAGAUGUCACCUGUCAUAGAUGUUAAUGUGAGACCCUGUCUGCCUUGUGGGUAGGUGUAAAAGAUCCCUUGGCGUAGGUCCAAAGAAGUGACCCAGUGUUUAUCUCAGCAUAAAAAAGAAAUGACAUUAUCUAGGCAGGGACACUUUGCUGAUUACACAGUAGCAUGCAAAGCUUUGGCUGCUUUUCCAAUGUAAAUGGUCAAUACACUUCGUAGGUACUUUUCUUUGGGACAUUUUGAGGCCACCAUAGACACUGCA